AUGUUAAAAACAUCAAAGAAGAAUUCGAUCGCACCUCUUGUAACAAGGAAACCGGAUGUAGAAAAGGCAAUAAAACAUCCAUCGUUUUUCGGACAAGCCGUUAAACUGCAUUUGUUUAAAGUCUAUGUUAUAUGUACCUUAUCAGUGAUAGUCAUUCUUGGAAUAUCAACUUUUAUCAUAUCAAUGAAUAUUCGAAAUUACACCUCUGCUGACGGAAGUCUAGAAAUAAUUAAGAUAACAAAAGAAGACAUUGAUACAUUUCUUGAUCUUCUAUUAGGAGUAACUGCAAAAUGUGUACUUAAAAUCGUGAUUGACAACUCCUCAAUUGUUUACGAUAUGAAUGCCAUUGCUAUUUCAAACUUCAAUGAUAUGUGUAACUCAACAGUUAUUCCGUCAAAAUUCCGGAAUUUAUGCAACGCCACUGUUUUUGAGAUGUGCACCAACGACACGUCUUAUCAAAUGGAACUUAUGAUCGAAAGCGCCCUUAUUCUCCUUCAGAAUAAUUUAGAACGUAUCCAUUUUGAAAAUCCUUCUCAAUUUGUAUAUUUCUACAGUCUUGUAAAGUCCGGGACUUUUUGUAUUCUUGAAACAUAUCAUUGUGCAUCUUCUAUAUCAACUAUCAGUGAUGCUCAGCACGUGAGAUACUUUUACAUGAAAAAUAAUGCCUUACAUGACGUUAAGGAUUUUAACUUAUUGAAAAAUUUUGAUAACAAAGCUAUUACAAAAAUUGAGAAUGAAACAUGUCAACAAUUUAUUCACAACGAAACCUUAUUUUCUGAGCACUUACUUGUGUUAAACAACAUACUUGUUGAUAUCCGAUCAGCUUUAGAUAAACUACGAAAUGAAAUUGAUACAAAUACACGUUCAAAGGAGUCAUUCUAUAUAGGACAAAUUGUAUCAGUUAUAAUUAUGUGCAUUUUUACCGCCGCCAUGUUAAUUGCUGUUGUUCAAACAUCAAAGAUAAUGAAUAAAUGUAUGGUAACAUUUGCAGAGGAAUAUCAAAUCAAAACGGAAGAGUUAGAUAAAGAAAAACAGGUUGCAGAAGAUCUUCUGUUCAAAAUGAUACCAAAAUCUGUUGUUUCACAUCUCCGUAGUAAAAAUGGUCAUGUUUUUGCAGAAACUUUUGAUUCCGUGUCAAUUUUCUUCAGUGACGUCGUUGGUUUCACAGAAAUAGCUGCUUCAAGUAGCCCCAUGCAGGUUGUUGAAUUUUUAAACAGCAUGUAUUCCAUGUUUGAUGAACGUAUAGAUGUUUAUGACGUGUAUAAAGUAGAAACCAUUGGUGAUGCAUAUAUGGUAGCCAGUGGGGUUCCGAAUAGAAAUGGUUUGAAGCACGCAGAGGAGAUUGCGACGAUGGGCAUAGAUCUGGUGGCAUCAAUAAAACAGCUUAAGAUUCCACACAAAAAGGAAGAGCAUAUUGAAAUACGCGUAGGAAUACAUACAGGUCCAUGUGUUGCUGGUGUUGUUGGAAUCAAGAUGCCGAGAUAUUGUUUAUUUGGGGAUACAGUUAAUACAGCCUCCAGAAUGGAGAGCAAUAGUUUACCACUGAAGAUACAUAUCAGUAAAGAAACACGAGAUAUAUUAGAAGCAACGAGUAACUAUGAAAUAACAUCCCGUGGUGAGAUUAUUAUUAAGGGGAAAGGAGCUAUGGUAACUUAUUGGUUAGACGGUAGAAAAGAUAUGUCGGCUGCAAACGAUACAAUGGUGUGCUUGUGGCAGCCAAAGAAAAAAACUAAGAAAAAGAAACAAAACUCUGCUGAUGAUCUCAAUAAAAAUAGUAACAAUAAAACAAAUCAGGAAAAAACUGAAGCAAACACGUCAUUGCACGGAAAUAAAACCGAAUGCAUUGACAAUGUUACAGAUGGAAAAACAAAUUCAUCAGCUAUUACUACUCCGAUCAUUGGUCUAAUAGUUAAUAAAUCGGAAAUUAUGCAGAACGAAACCAAUAUAAUUGGUGAAAAUCCAACAGAAUUAUCGAAUUCAAAUGAUACAAGUGCAGAUCAUCAGAUGGCAAAAUAUGAAAAUUGUGAUAAGAACGACGACAAACUCAACGAAACUACGUAUAAAAGCUUAGAAAAUAUGAAAACGGACUUUAAGAAUAUUUCUAGAGAACACACAACCAAUUCAUCGAUAAAUCUACAAAACACUGACAUUGGAGUUAUUGAAAAUAAUGUAAGAUCUGAUGCUUUAACUACUAUUCCUUCCGUUAUAGAAACACUCUCGCGUGAUACAUCAUUAGACAAUGAAGGUUUAAAUGAAUCGUAUGAUUUACGGAAAAACGAAACAAUAAUAGAAAUAUCUUCUUUAAAUCUUAGCGAAUUUAGUUCGUAA